AUGGCGGCAGCACGGUCUUUGUUGCGCCUAGGGAGCAGCCGCUCUCUAGGGUCAGCCUCGAGAUCGGCAAUUCGCGUCCGCGCCUUCUCUUCGACUCAAUUCCGCGCGGUCGACAAGGAAGACCCUGUCCCGAAUAUGAGAAACGCAACACGCCCUCCUCAGGGAGAGCUUCGUGCUCCUGUGGUCAACCCAACCGACAAGCACAAGGACCAGGCGGAUGCCUUGCACAAAUACGGCCAAUAUAUCAUCUCCUGCCUGCCGAAAUACGUCCAGCAGUUUUCCGUCUGGAAGGACGAACUUACCAUCUACGUUCCUCCGUCCGGUUUGCUUCCGGUCGUCAGCUUCCUCAAGUACCACACCGCUGCUGAGUACACACAAAUCUCGGACAUUACGGCUGUCGACUAUCCUACCCGGGAUCAGCGGUUCGAGGUUGUCUACAACUUGCUCAGUGUUCGCCACAACUCUCGUAUCCGUGUCAAGACAUAUGCCGACGAGGCCGAGCCUGUUCCCAGUUUAACCGGACUCUAUGAUGGAGCAUUGUGGUAUGAACGUGAAGUGUACGACAUGUUCGGCGUUUUCUUCUCUGGUCACCCUGACCUUCGCCGUAUCAUGACCGACUACGGCUUUGACGGACAUCCUCUCCGCAAGGACUUCCCGUUGACCGGAUACACUGAGAUCCGUUAUGAUGAAGAAAAGAAGCGCAUUGUGUACGAACCUCUUGAACUUACGCAAGCAUUCCGUAACUUUGAGGGAGGUACCACUGCCUGGGAGCCAGUUGGCAGUGGAACUGAUCGCACCCCUGAAUCGUUCAAACUCCCCACCCCCAAGCCAGAGGAGAAACCACAGGAGAAGAAAUAA